CAUGACUCACUUCCUGCAUAAACAAAGCUCUCGGCUGGGCUUCGUUCUGCCACAAACCUGCUAAAAUGGCGCAAGCUGGGGUUUUCCUAGAGCACGACCAGUUCAACUGCUCCAUCUGCCUGGACGUCUUGAAGGACCCUGUCACCAUUCCAUGCGGCCACAGCUACUGCAAAGGCUGCAUUAAGAACUACUGGGACCAGGAUGACUACCUGGGGAUCUAUGGCUGUCCUCAGUGCAGGCAAAGCUUCGCUCCCAGACCUUUGCUGGGCAGAAACACAAUGCUAGCCGAUGUUGUGGAGAAAUUGAAGAAGACAGGACUGCACGCUGGACCCGCAAGCGAUCCAACACAAGCCGAGCCUGGAGAUGUUGAGUGCGACGUUUGCUCGGGGACCAAAAACAAAGCCUUCAAAUCCUGCCUGGUGUGCUUGGCGUCGUACUGCGAGACUCACCUUCAGCCGCACUACGAGUCCCCUGCCUUUCAGAAACACAGGCUGGCUUCUCCCUCAAAGAAGAUGCAGGAGCAGCUGUGCUCGCGACACGAUAAACUACUGGAGGUGUUCUGCCGCACGGAUCAGCAGUGCAUUUGUUACCUUUGUUUAACGGAUGAGCACAAAGGACACGACACCGUUCUGGCAACAGCGGAGAUGAAUGAGAAGAAGAAUGCUUUGCUGGAGAUGCGCAGGGUUUCCCAGCGGAGGAUUGAGGAGCGGGAGAAGGAGCUGGCAGAUCUCAGACAGGCCACACAGAUGCUCACGCUGUCGGCUCAGACGGCCCUGGAGGAGAGCGAGCGUGUCUUCACAGAGCUGGUGUGCUCGGUGGAGCGGCGGCGUGCUGAAGUGAAAGAGCUGAUCCGGGGUCAGGAGAGGGCGGCAGUGAGUCAAGCUCAAACGCUCCUCCAACAACUGGAGCAGGAGAUAACCGAGCUGAAGAAGAGACACGCUGAAUUAGGAGAGCUCUCGCAAACAGACGACCAUAUCGCCUUUCUUCAGAACUGCAAGUCUCUGUGUGCUCAGCCGGUGUCUGUUGAGCUGCCCAGCAUCACCUCUGAGCCAAACUUCACCAGCGUGAUCGCGGCCGUGACCGAGUUUCAGUCUCUCCUGGAGGACGUCUGCCAGGGAGGAUUUGUCAGCAUCUCGGAGAAAGUGGAUGAUGUCACUAUUAUUCAGAACACAAUACCAAAGACGGAUUUGGAGUCAAAUACAGCACCAGUGUUUGGCCAGACAGCACAGAUCCCUUUCACCAUCAAUGUCCCGACAAUCAGUGUGUUUCCAUUCUCGUCUUUUGGCUCGAGAACUCAAGGUCCUCGUCAGAGACUGCAGCCCCGCAGGAGACGCCGGUAGCCUUCACAUCGCCUGAGAAAUGCCUGAUCAAUUCAGUCAAAAGGCCAAAGUCAGUUUGCCAGAGUUUUGUUUUUUGAACCUGUACAUUAUGUUCAAAAGUAAAGCUACACUAACUACAAACUCUCACUACUAAAUGAGACAGAAAUGUAAAGCCAGAUGCGUUUCAGUGUCUGCGGUCCGAGUCUCAACGCUAUCAACUCAAUAUAUCUUACAAAUACAGAUGUGCUUGGAGUGAAAGUUUAAAUAUUGUGUGAUAUACGAAAAAAAAAGUUUUAAUUAUUUUAAAACAACUAUCUUUUGACUAAGCUGUAAUUAUUUUGCAAAGUAUUAAUCAUUACACAUAAUAUAGAGUGUUAUAUUGGUGUAUUUUAUCAGUGUUUAAUCCACUGAUGUCGUCUUAUCUAUUCACAGAAGUGUUGAUUUUAGCUUCAUGCGUGUGGAAUGUAUUUGUGUGUAUUAAACUAUGUUUAAAUUGAAGCAUUUUAAACUUAAAAGCUUAUUUUUCAUAUCAUGAAAAAUAAAGAUUCUUCCCAGCAGA